UAAAGUAUAAGUAGAGAGAGUAAGUGAAACAAGGGAAAAGGUGAACAAGUUUGCGCCUAGCAUUAUUUGUGUUUCGCCCAAAACGUUUACAGAAAAAAAAGGGAGUUUACACAAUGUAUUUUGAUCAUUAAAAAAUAUUUAACAAGUAACAGAAAAGCGCGGGAAUUAAAUUAAAUUACAAAAACAUGAAUUUUUAAUUUUUGAUGGUGAAAAAGAUAAAAAUUGUAAACUACUUUAAAAACUUUUGAAGAUUACAAAAAUUAAAAUAUGAAAAAAUGGAUAAAUAUACUCAGAUUAAAAGUAUUUUCGAAUUUUUGGACGAGAGCAUUUGCCGCUGGAGACUUUAAAAUAGUCAAGAGCGGGGGGUCUUUGCGUUCGAGCCUGGGGCUUUUGUCAGUGGCUACGACGACGCGUGUGAAGAGAAACAUGUGGAAAUUGAGAAGAAGAGGACUAGGAAAAAUAGAGGUAAUGGAGAACAGAUGGAGAAGAGAAAUACAGAUUGAAAGGACAGCUGAGAUAAAAUUAAGCAGUGAUACUAAGAAAAAACUGACGCUGCUACAAGUGUAUUUUUUGAAUAAAUUUUGAAUUGACUAAUAAGUAAUUUAUAAUUAUUUGAAGUAAGCAAAAAGAAUUGAAUGGUUUUGAAAAAUUUUAUUUUGAAAUUAAUGAAUUUUUAAGUGAAUGUUAAAAAAUUUCAAGUGAUAUUUUUAAGUUUUAAUUUUAAAUUUAAAGAAUUG